AGGAUGACCGUCUUGCCCUGCACUUUGGGCAAUGCCUCGAUGAAGUCGAUGCCGAUGUCUGCCCAGACUGCGGACGGCACCGGCAGCGGCUGCAGCAGUCCUGCCGGCCUGAGGUGGUCGGACUUGUACUGCUGGCAGGUACCACAGGCCUGCACGAACGCCUGCACGACUCGGCGCAUGCUGGGGAAGUGGAAAUCGCGCCGGAGGCGAUGGAGAGUGCGGUGGACGCCUUCGUGACCAUCGUUGUGGAUGGCGGCCACGACCUCCUGGAGAAGCGGCGACGUGGGCGGGAUGUACAGGCGGCCGUCGUAGGUCAGCAUACCGUCCACCAGUGCCCAUGGCGCGGCGCGGGCGCCCGAGCGGACCUCGGCGUAGAGGGCGACCAGGGCCGGGUCGGUUGCCUGGGCAUGGCGCAGGCGGUCGAUGAGGUCAAAGCGGGGCGCCGAGAUCGCCAUGGCCGCCCCUUCUUCGGUGUCGCGGCGAGAGAGAGCGUCGGCGACGACGUUAGUGGCGCCGGAGCGGUAUUCCACUGAGAAGUCGAAGCCCAAGAGCUUGCCGACCCAAUGGUGCUGGGGAAUCGUGGCGAGGCGCUGGUCGAGGAGGUAUUUCAGACUGUAGUGGUCCGUCUUGACGAUGAAGCUCCGCCCCCAGAGGUACGGCCGCCAGUGCCGCACGGCCUGGACGAGGCCGAUGAGCUCGCGCUCGUAGGCGGCCAGCGCGCGGUGACGGGGUGCCACUGGUCGGCUGAAGAACGCGACUGGGUGGCCCUCCUGAGUCAGGACCGCCCCAAACCCGACGGUCGACGCGUCACAUUCGACGGUGAACAGCUUGGUGAAGUCCGGCAUGGCGAGGACGGGGGCGGACGUGACGGCGGCUUUGAGGGCCGCGAACGCCGACGCGGCUGCGUCGUCCCAGGAGAAGCCCUCCUUCUUGAGGAGCGCCGACAGCGGCGCGGCAAGAGCCCCGUAGCCGUGGACGAACUUGCGGUAGUAUCCCGCCAGGCCGAGAAACCCGCGGACUGCCCGCACCGAGCGGGGCGCCGGCCAGUCGUGGAUCGCCUGCACCUUGGUUGGGUCCAUGGCCACGCCCGCCGCCGAUAUGACAUGGCCGAGGUAGGCGACCGAGGGCGCGCCAAAAGAACAUUUGGAGCGCUUGACGAAGAGCUGGUGGUGUUGCAGUUCGUCGAGGACGGCCCGAAGGUGGCGGAGGUGGUCAGCCCAUGUCCUGCUGUAAAUGAGAAUAUCAUCAAAAAAUACCAGGACGAAGCGGCGGAGGAACGGCCGGAGCACGUCAUUCAUCAGGGCCUGGAACGUCGCCGGGGCGUUGCACAGCCCGAACGCCAUCACCAGGAACUCGUAGAGGCCGUCGUGGGUGCGGAACGCCGUCUUGUGCACAUCCUCCGGCCUCAUCCGCACCUGGUGGUACCCGGACCGAAGGUCGAGCUUGGUGAAGAACUUGGCGCCGUGGAGCUCGUCGAGGAGCUCGUCAACCACCGGGAUCGGAAAAGCGUCCUUGACGGUGAGCGCAUUGAGCGCCCUGUAGUCGACGCAGAAACGCCACGACCCGUCCGGCUUCUUGACGAGGAGAACCGGCGAUGAGAAGGGCGAGUCGCUGCGACGGACGAUACCCUGCUCGAUCAUAGCGGCGCACUGCCGCUCCAACUCGUCCUUGUGCGCUGCUGGGUACCGAUAAGGCCGGACAGCGACGGGUUGGGCGCCGGCCUUCAGGGUGAUGCGGUGGUCGUGCGCGCGUUUGGGGGGCAGACCGGUCGGGUCGGCGAAGAGCCCCCCGUACGCGUGCAGCAGGGCGUCGAGGAGCGGCCCGGCCUCUGACGUGACGCUCAGCGAUGGCACCGUAGGGCAGGCUAUGCCUGUCCAGGAGACAGGGCGCCCGAGGUGCUGGAACGUCAUGCGCCGGCUGCUGAGGUCCCAGACAAUGGGCCCCAACGCGCCCAGCCACCGCGUCCCCAGGACGACGUCGUACCCGGCCAGCGGCAUGACGAAGAGGUCGGCCGGGAACGUGACGCCGUCGAUGAGUAGAGGCGCGUCGCGGAUGACACCGUCGCAGGUGACGCGCUCGCCGUUCGCGACCAGGGCGGUGAGGCGCGGCCGCUGACGUAGGGGAAGGCCGGAACGCCGGGCAGCCGCCGCCGAGAUGAAGUUGUGCGUGCUGCCGGAGUCGAGGAGGGCGACGAGGAUCGCGGCGCCGAGGGACACGCGGGGCUGCAUGGUACCCGCCACCGGCACCCCCGCCACGGCCUGGAGCGAGAAACAGGGAGCCUCGGCGUCGGGCUCGGCUGCUGCGACGUCGUCGGGGGCGUUAUCAAUCUCGACGCCUUCCAGGAAGAAAAUGCGCCUGCAAAAACGGUUAUGGCCGCGGGUAUAUUUCUCAUUGCAGUUGAAACAUAGACCGAGACGGCGACGCUCAGCCAUCUCCUCAGGCGAUAGGCGCCGGUUACCGUCCCCGCGGCCCGGCUGUGCGGCUGCUGGCGGAGCUGGCAAGGCCAGAGGAGGUGGUGGCGGCGGCAGGGCAGCACGGGGCGCAGGCGCCGGCAGAAUGCCCCGCGCAGGAGCUCGUGGCGCGGGCGGCGGCGGCCGCUCAGCCUCCAUCAGCUCGACCUGUCGCGCGAGACUCAUUGCCGCGGCGAGCGAGUCGGGGUUGUGGAGGCGAACGGCAUGACUGAGCGGCGGGAGGAGACCGCCGGUGUAGAGCUGGACGCGCUGCUCUUCGUCCAGGCGACCGGCUCGAGGAAGGAGCGCCUGAAAACGGUUGGAGUACUCUUCGACGGUGCCCGUGCGCCUGCACUCGGCGAGUUCGAACAACGGCGCCGACCUGAGCGGUGGCCCGAACCGCAGGUGCAAGUACUCCUUGAAGCGCGCCCAGGUGGGCGUGCCGGAGUCCUCCUCGAGCUGGUUAUACCACAGCUGCGCGACGCCCUCGAGGUUGUACGAAGCCUGCCACACGCGUUCCUCCGCCAUGGUGCGGUGUUGGCGGAAAUAUGCCUCGCAUUUGUUGAGGAAGAGCAUGGGGUCGGUGGUGCCGUCGAAGCGCGGGAAGUCCCACUUCUUGUGCUUGGGCGGGUAGUCGGUGUGCGGACCUUCCGCGUGCCGGUUGCCGCCGCCGCCGCCGGCGGACGACUCCGAUUUCUCCUUCUUCAGUGAGGCCAUAUCGGCCUUCAUGGUCGCCAUGUCGUCGGUGAGGGCCUUGAUGGCCGCCAUGAGGUCGGCUGCGGACGGCUCCGUCAUGCUAGGCGCUAGGGCGACGGGCGCGGACGAGGUGGGUGACGGCGGCGCGGCGGCUGAUGGGUGCUGGGCUGCAGUGGACGAUGAACUGGAGGAGCGGGUGGGAGAGGAUCGACGAGACCGUGAUACCAGGUUGUCAAGGGCGGUGUGGUCUAGGGUAGCUGGCCCUCGACUACGAAGCUCGUAGUCUCCGGCAGAGUCUUCCAGGGCGGAGGUUAUACCCCUCUCAGCCGGCUGGGCUUAGGAGACGCAGGAGAGAGAGAGAGAGAAUAGGUUAAUUCUUGCUUGCUUCAUUCUUCCCUGGUUACAAGAAUACAAUGGCUCAACAAACUAUGGAAAGGAAUUCCCUUAAUUAUAGCCUAACCAAAACAACUCCCAAUCUAAUCCCAAUCAAAUCCCUGAUUUUUAGCCACUGGGAGUUGCCCCUUCGGGCUGCUGGAACGCGCGCCCUGCGCGCUCAGCUGCGCGGCGAACGUCGCGGGCGCGCCUGCGCCUUGCGUACAUUUUCCCGCACAUGACAGGUUUGGUCUUAGUUGUUAUUAUGGACGCAACCUGCGUGAGCCAUGACGUUAAUGUUUAGGCUCUUUCCAUAUAUAAGCUGGCUUUAUAGGUUUUUGUUACCCAAAAGAAAAUGCCAACGCCUUAAUGCUAACUAAUGUGUUGUUAACAGUACUCCUUAUCUGGAGGGUUCAAGUUUCGAUCGAUAUUUGCAGAGUGCAAAAUACAUAAGGCCUUGUGUAGUAGCUAAAGCUUUUAUUUCUCUUCUGAAUUCCACAAUGUCCAAAAGUGUGAGUGACACCAGCAACUCUUUGCAUUGAGAGCAAAUAACCUUACUAUAGAUCGCUGGCAACACUUCUAUGUUAUCAAAUUUAUGUAUAUAUUAUAGAUCACUGGCAGCACUUCUCAUUUUUCUAAAGGUAAGCUGCAGCCCAAAUUUAUAUAUAUGGUACCAGAUUUGGGCAGUGCAGUCUAACUAUUUGAUGCCAUGCAAAGUUUACUAGCUUUGGUUUAUGUUCUGUGUUCAUAUUUGAUAGAUAUGUGAACUGGCAUGACAUAUUUUUUUUUCAAUUUUUGCUCAUUCAACAUUGUCGUGUCUUCUUUGCAAGCUCUUAGAUUAUUCUUUGUCAUGUCUUCUUGGAAAAUUGCAGGUAUGUCACCUUGAUUAGGUAAUUUUAGUUAAUGUUAUUUGAGAAAUUGCAGGUUUGGUGUUAGAGAUGAUUUCUCUAUUGGCAUCACUAUAUGGUGUUUCUUUUCUGGAUAGUUUGACACAAAGUUCUAUGCUUAAUAAUGAAAACAUAAUAUUCUUGUUAUUACUAAACUGUAAGGCUUGCAAGUUGAAAAUUUUAUAUGACUCUUCAUGCACAUGACUGAUAAUUCUGCGUCACGUACCAGUCCCCCUUCAGCUGCUUUCUCGAGGGCCACUAGGCCAGUGUGCUAGCAACCAGGCCAGGGAUGCCAUUCACCAGGCCAUCCUCCUUCGCCUCUCCCGCCCAGUCCACGUUUUUGGAGAUAUUACUGCUUCCUCGAGGGCCACCAGGUCAGGGCGCCGACCACCAGCCACCAGGCCAGGGAUGCCGUUCACCGGGCCAUCCACCUUCGCCUCUCCCGCCCAGUCCGCGUUUCUGGAGACAUUGGUAUGGACAACACCACAAAUUUGAUGUUACGUGCCGGGGGUGCCUGGGCAGGGCAGGAGAGGCAGGGACACCGCCGCGGCCAGGAAGGAGCAGAGGCGCCGCCAACGCCUGGGCAGGGAAGGCGAUGCAGGGGCGCCGCACCGCCGCCGCGCCGAGCGAGGAAGGAGCUGGGGCGUCACCGCGCGGCCGCCGAGGUAGAGAAGGAGAGGGGCGCUGCCACACCGGAGCUGGGAAGGCAGCACACGUCGGGGUUGGGAAGGCCGCGCUACGGUGGUUAUGUGCGGCUCAUGGAGUCACGGAAGGUAACCAAAGCGAAGGGAAAGGUAGGAGGAAGGGAUAAGGUUGGGAGCAUGGGUCCCACCAUAAUUUGUGAAUAACAUGUAUUUUUUAAAAUAUGUGAACAAUUUGUGAAAAGUUUGACAUAUAUUUCUCUGAUGUCUGCAUUCCAUAGAAAUAAUUUGUAAAUUUGUUUGAAAA